AUUUAUUGAGUGCCUGCUAUACCAAGUGCUAGAGAUGCAUCAGUAUACAAAACAAUUUUUGCCCUCAUGGAGCUUACAUUCUAGUGGUGAAGUCAGAUAAAAAUUAAAUCAACAAACAAAAUACUUGCAAGUUAGGAUAAGUGUUAUGAAGGAAAUAAUGGCUGCGCUAGAGGUUAACAAGGGAGGGAAUCUACUUUAGAUAGUAUGAUGAUGAGGAGAGGAGAGCUUUUAACUGAGAUAUGAAGAAAGGGAGAAAACAUUCUAGGUCACAUGAGGCAAGAAAGAUCUUGGUGAGUUUGAGAAACUAAAAAGACCAUUGUGACUCAGUGGUAACAAAUGAGGAACAAGAGGCAAAAUAUGAAGUUGCAGAGAAAGAUCAUCAUGUUGUGGCAGGGAGUUUGGUUUUCAUUCCAAGCAUCAGAUAGUAUCACCUUCAUCUUCCUUUGGUCAAUGCCACAAAACUAACCACAUCUAUGUUAACUUUCUUUUCCCAGACGUCUGCAUCAACAAAUGUCAUGUCCCUCAUCUUUCUGAUGGCUAAUCACUACCUUUGUAUCCUCCCUCCUCUGGUUACCCCUUCUCCUCCUCUUUUCAUAUACUUUGCUUCUUCAUUAUCUUCCCAAUGGGUCAGUCCUGUCAACCAACCUACAAGACACCACCCAUCCCCCACCCUCUUCCAUGGGUUAUCAACUGGUAAUGAUUCUACUAACCACUCAGAUGUUCAGGCCCCAAAACCAGGAUCUAUCUUGACCACUCUCUUUUCUUUACUUUCCUAUGCAGUUCAUUGGUAAAUGCUUCAGUUUUAAACUCAAAGAUAUUAUCAGUUUGGUUCACUCUUGCUAAUGUUAGCUUUCCUGAUUUCAUCUUGAUUUCUGAAAUGGUCUCAUGAUUUGCCUCCUUGCUUCCAUUCUUUCCUUCCUCUAAUGUUUUCUUUAUGCAUCAGCCAAGGGUGGCUACUUAUUUUAACAUAGAAUAGUUUAAUUAAAAUAAACAAAAUUUUUUAUAAAUUGUGGUAAAAUAGGCCGGGUGCAGUGGCUCACGCCUAUAAUCCCAGCACUUUGGGAGGUUGAAGCGGGUGGAUCACUUGAGGCCAGGAGUUCCAGACCAGCCGGGCCAACAUCGCAAAAUCCAGUCUCUAUUAAAAAUACAAAAAUUAGCCAGGCAUGUGGCAUGCACCUGUAGUCCCAGCUACUCAGGAGGCUGAGGCAGGAGAAUAGCUUGAACCUGGGAGGUGGAGGUUGCAGUGGGCUGAGAUUGUGCCACUGCACUCCAGCCUGGGUGACAGAGUGAGACUCUUUCCAAAAAAAAAAAAAUUGUGGUAAAAUAAACUUUUACUAUAAUGAAAGUAGUCUAUGUGCUGCAAAAGUUACAAUGAAAAAGAUAGGCAAACACAAAGAAAAAAAUACACAUUUCCACUUCCAAAGAUUACCAAUACUAACACCUUAGGGUAUAAGCCCACUAUUUUUUUCGUUGUACAUAAAUACAUAUAUGUGCAUUUUUAAACCAAAAUGAGACGCUGUAACAUACUAUUUCGUGACUUGCUCUUUUCAGUUAAUGAUCUUUUCCAUGGCAAUACAAUUCUAUUUUAUCCAAUACUCAGUCCAUCUACAUUCAUAUUUCUUUAAUGGUCCUGAAAAUGCAUUUUAUAGACAGUCUGUUCAAACCAGGAUCCAAUUCAAACUGUUAUGUCCCUUAAAUUUCUUUUCAUAAAGCAGUUGCUUUUAUCAUGACAAAUUGUUGAAGAGAUGGGCCAGUUAUCCUGCAGAAUGUUUCACCUUCUGGAUCUGUCUAGUUACUUCCUCUGGCAUCAUUUAGUUUGUUCAUCUAUCAGUUGUAUUUUUUAUAAACUGUGUUAGAUGCAAAGGCUUGACAGAUUCAAGUUAAAUAUUUUUGCCUGGAAUAUACCAUGAUGAUACUGUAUACUACAUCCCAUCAAAAGACAAACUAUCCGAUUGAGCUACAACGUGGCCUUUAAAAAAUGUAAAUUGUAAGUGUAUAGCUUCCUCUGCAUUUAUUAUACAAUACUAAACAAAUUCUUCAACUUGGACUACAAGGUUCUGAACGAUUUGAUGCCUGCUUACUCAUCCAGCUUUAUUCCAUCCCAUUCUAUUUGUUUUUAAAGGUCUUGUCACAUGUUUCGUUUCUAGUCCCGAAACAUGGUAAGUACUUGCCUCCUAGGGUCUCUGCACGCAGGCUUUUGGUUUGGAGGCUCUCCUUUGCCAAUCCACCCCUCUCCACUCUUCUCCUUUUCUGAUAUCAAGCAUCUUCUCAAAUUACAGGUGUCGUUUUUAAUUUAUUUAAAAUUUUGUUCUUUCUACAAAACAGCAACCACAGACACAGUUCAUUUUCAGUUCACCUACUCGGAGAAAACCUACUUUCUUUAUCUUAUUUAAAUUGGGGUCCUCCAAGCGGUCUUAACAUCUCCUAAAUCGCAAGCACCCUGUUUUUUUUCCUGAUACUUUUUCCGUUUACCUUAAGGUCUGUGUGAACCUGAGAGUAAGCUGCACGAUGGCAGGGGUCUUGCCUACUAGGUUCCCUGUGCACUCCGUACCUGUGCACAGCAGCCCGUCAACAGUAGUUGAAUAAACAUCAUAGGUCACAAUAACCCUGGGACUGCCUCUUGGGGAGGUAGCCGCAAACUCUCGCAGGUGGCAGUGACAGCAGUACUUCUCCAAGGGGUUGUUCGAGUGGAGGAAUACUCUUACGUGAAAGUGCUCAGUACAUCACUGCGGCAGGAAGGUGGAAGGGAAUAAUUCCAGAUGGGGAGAAAGUAAUAUUUUGCAGCAUAGUACAGGGUAAACUCGGUCCAUGUGGGCGUCGCCGUCGCGACACCUUCACGUGACCGCGGACAGCUUAAGGACCCUGCAUCCAGUGCGCCUGCGCUGGAGCUCCCGGAAGUUGCCGGACCCGGAACGCAGGCGGAGCGCAAGUCCGUCAGCCAGUCAGUCCGCCAGUCCGCCAGCCCGGUACCUCUCUCUCCUCUGCCCUCGUAAGCUGUCCGCGGUCUGUUUGGCCCGAACGGCGGCAGAGGCGCUGAUCAUGGCGACAUUCAUCUCGGUGCAGCUGAAAAAGACCUCAGAGGUGGACCUGGCCAAGCCGCUGGUGAAGUUCAUCCAGCAGACUUACCCGAGCGGCGGGGAAGAGCAGGCCCAGUACUGCCGCGCGGCGGAGGAGCUCAGCAAGCUGCGCCGCGCCGCAGUCGGUCGCCCGCUGGACAAGCACGAGGGCGCGCUCGAGACGCUCCUGAGAUAUUAUGAUCAGAUUUGUUCUAUUGAACCCAAAUUCCCAUUUUCUGAAAAUCAGAUCUGCUUGACAUUUACCUGGAAGGAUGCUUUUGAUAAAGGUUCACUUUUUGGAGGCUCUGUAAAACUGGCUCUUGCAAGCUUAGGAUAUGAAAAGAGCUGUGUGUUGUUCAAUUGUGCAGCCUUAGCUAGCCAAAUUGCAGCAGAACAGAACCUGGAUAAUGAUGAAGGAUUGAAAAUCGCUGCUAAGCAUUACCAGUUUGCUAGUGGUGCCUUUUUACAUAUUAAAGAGACGGUUUUAUCUGCCUUAAAUCGAGAGCCUACCGUGGACAUAUCUCCAGAUACUGUUGGGACCCUCAGUCUUAUUAUGCUGGCACAGGCUCAAGAAGUAUUUUUUUUAAAAGCCACAAGAGAUAAAAUGAAAGAUGCCAUCAUAGCUAAAUUGGCUAAUCAGGCUGCAGAUUAUUUUGGUGAUGCUUUCAAACAGUGUCAAUACAAAGAUACUCUCCCCAAGUAUUUUUAUUUCCAGGAGGUGUUCCCUGUCUUGGCUGCCAAGCACUGUAUCAUGCAGGCCAAUGCUGAGUACCAUCAGUCUAUCCUGGCAAAACAGCAGAAGAAAUUUGGAGAAGAAAUUGCAAGGUUACAGCAUGCAGCAGAACUGAUUAAAACAGUGGCAUCUCGCUAUGAUGAAUAUGUUAAUGUGAAGGAUUUUUCUGACAAAAUCAAUCGUGCCCUUACUGCAGCAAAGAAGGAUAAUGACUUCAUUUAUCAUGAUCGAGUUCCAGACCUUAAAGAUCUAGAUCCUAUUGGCAAAGCCACACUUGUGAAAUCUACCCCAGUCAAUGUACCCAUCAGUCAGAAAUUUACUGAUCUGUUUGAGAAGAUGGUUCCUGUGUCAGUGCAGCAGUCUUUGGCUGCCUAUAAUCAGAGGAAAGCCGAUUUAGUUAACAGAUCAAUUGCUCAGAUGAGAGAAGCCACCACUUUGGCAAAUGGGGUGCUAGCUUCCCUUAAUCUUCCAGCAGCAAUUGAAGAUGUGUCUGGAGACACUGUACCUCAGUCUAUAUUGACUAAAUCCAGAUCUGUGAUUGAACAGGGAGGCAUCCAGACUGUUGAUCAGUUGAUUAAAGAACUGCCUGAAUUACUGCAACGAAAUAGAGAAAUCCUAGAUGAGUCAUUAAGGUUGCUGGAUGAAGAAGAAGCAACCGAUAAUGAUUUAAGAGCAAAAUUUAAGGAACGCUGGCAAAGGACACCAUCCAAUGAACUGUAUAAGCCUUUAAGAGCAGAGGGAACCAACUUCAGAACAGUUUUAGAUAAAGCUGUGCAGGCAGAUGGACAAGUGAAAGAAUGUUACCAGUCUCAUCGUGACACCAUCGUGCUUUUGUGUAAGCCAGAGCCUGAGCUGAAUGCUGCCAUCCCUUCUGCUAAUCCAGCAAAGACCAUGCAGGGCAGUGAGGUUGUAAAUGUCUUAAAAUCCUUAUUGUCAAAUCUUGAUGAAGUAAAGAAGGAAAGAGAGGGUCUGGAGAAUGACUUGAAGUCUGUGAAUUUUGACAUGACAAGCAAGUUUUUGACAGCCCUGGCUCAAGAUGGUGUGAUAAAUGAAGAAGCUCUUUCUGUUACUGAACUAGAUCGAGUCUAUGGAGGUCUUACAACUAAAGUCCAAGAAUCUCUAAAGAAACAGGAGGGACUUCUUAAAAAUAUUCAGGUCUCACAUCAGGAAUUUUCGAAAAUGAAACAAUCUAAUAAUGAAGCUAACUUAAGAGAAGAAGUUUUGAAGAAUUUAGCUACUGCAUAUGACAACUUUGUUGAACUUGUAGCUAAUUUGAAGGAAGGCACAAAGUUUUACAAUGAGUUGACUGAAAUCCUGGUCAGGUUCCAGAACAAAUGCAGUGAUAUAGUUUUUGCACGGAAGACAGAAAGAGAUGAACUCUUAAAGGACUUGCAACAAAGCAUUGCCAGAGAACCUAGUGCUCCUUCAAUUCCUACACCUGCGUAUCAGUCCUCACCAGCAGGAGGACAUGCACCAACUCCUCCAACUCCAGCGCCAAGAACCAUGCCGCCUACUAAGCCCCAGCCCCCAGCCAGGCCUCCACCACCUGUGCUUCCAGCAAAUCGAGCUCCUUCUGCUACUGCUUCAGCUCCAGUGGGGGCUGGGACUGCUGCACCAGCUCCAUCACAAACACCUGGCUCAGCUCCUCCUCCACAGGCCCAGGGACCACCCUAUCCCACCUAUCCAGGAUAUCCUGGGUAUUGCCAAAUGCCCAUGCCCAUGGGCUAUAAUCCUUAUGCGUAUGGCCAGUAUAAUAUGCCAUAUCCACCAGUGUAUCACCAGAGUCCUGGACAGGCUCCAUACCCAGGACCCCAGCAGCCUUCCUACCCCUUCCCUCAGCCCCCACAGCAGUCUUACUAUCCACAGCAGUAAUAUGUCUACUCAGCAGCUCAGCUGAUUCAGAUCAGAGGGAAAGAAAUACCAACCCUGCAAUAAGUGUACUAAACUCUACGCUCUGGUUAAUGUAAUGUACUCUCCUGGACUGAAUGCAGUGUAUAAUUUCUGUCUGCAGCUAGAAGCUGUGCCCCAGUUCCACAUUUGAUUACACAUGUGAGAUUUGCUGCUGUUGCAGUAUAAACACUAGGUAUAAUAGGAUUUGAAAUUGCAUUACAGUUCAUAAAAAUUGAAAAUGAGAAAUUAAACCUGCAAGUGAAACAUUUGAAACGAUUAUACUUUCUACAUAAGACAUGGUUGGGACAUCAGAUACUUACAAAGAUGGUUUAAGUAUGGAUACUUGAGAAAAUUAAGUUUUCUUUCUCUUUGGUUUAUUGAUUUGGUUUAAUUUCCAUUAUGCUAUUUUGCAUAAUCAAGGCACUGUAAAUCUUAUAAUUUUAAAAUAAAUUACUUAAGAACA